AUGACACUAGGAAACUUCUCCAGGGUGACUGAAUUUAUCCUUCUUGGGCUUUCUGAUAGAAGGGAGCUGCAAAUCCUCUUCUUUGCCUUCUUUUUCCUGGCCUAUGCCAUGGUUCUCCUGGGGAACCUUCUCAUUAUUGUGACAGUCAAAGUUGACCCCAAGCUGUCCUCACCUAUGUACUUUCUGCUCUGCAACUUGUCCUUCAUAGAUAUCUGUUGCACCUCUGUCACCUCUCCCAGGAUGCUGGUGGACCUGCUCUCACAAAGGAAGACCAUUGCCUUUGAGGACUGUAUAGCCCAGCUGUUUUUUCUGCACUUUGUUGGGGCAACAGAGAUGUUCCUCCUGACAGUGAUGGCAUAUGACCGCUACACUGCCAUCUGCAAGCCCCUGCACUACACAGCCAUCAUGAGCCAGCAGGUACACCUCUGCAAUCAUUUCUACAAUGAAAGAUAAAAUGCACAAGGUCAACACAUCAACAGUAUCUGAAUUUAUUCUCAUAGGCCUUUCUGAUGCUCCAGAGGUGCGUUUUUUUCUCUUUGUGCUGUUUUUGAUCAUCUAUUUGGUCACCAUGGCAGGCAACAUCACAGUGUUUGUUGCCAUUAGCACAGAUACUCAUCUGCACAACCCCAUGUACUUCUUCCUUGGCAACUUAUCCCUACUGGAUAUCUUAUGCCCCACUAUUACUGUGCCAAAGAUGCUGGAGGUCUUGUUGUCUGAGGACAAUGUGAUUUCAUUCAGUGGCUGCAUACUCCAGCUGUUCUUCCUCAUUGAUGUUGUAGGCACAGAGAUUUUUCUCUUGGCUGUGAUGGCAUAUGACCGUUAUGUUGCCAUAUGUCAACCUCUGCAGUACGUUAAUAUUGUGAGUAUGAAACUAUGUGCUCGCCUAGCCAUUGGCACCUGGGUAGUAGGAUUUUUUAAUUCUCUAUUGCACACAUCUUUGAUUUUUACACUCUUUUUUUGUGAUUCUAAUGAAGUUGACCAAUAUUACUGUGAUAUUCCACCUGUGCUGGCCCUCUCCUGCUUACCUACUUACAGUAGGGAACUGGUGAUUCUUACAGUAGCUGGGGUCCUUGGAAGUAGUGCCUUUGUGGUCACUCUGGUCUCAUAUGUCUAUAUCCUUCUGGCUAUCCUGUGCAUGAACUCUGCUGAGAGCAGGCACAAAGCUUUCUCCACUUGCAGCUCUCACUUGACAGUGGUAUGCCUUUUCUAUGGGACUACUAUUUGCACGUAUGUACGGCCUUCUUCUGCCUACUCACCUGAUCAGGAUAGGAUAGUUUCCAUGCUCUAUGGGAUCCUCACUCCGCUGCUAAACCCCAUAAUCUACAGUCUGAGGAACAAAGAAGUCAAAUGUGCCCUUGGAAGAGUAAUCAGCCGGGUGAAAACUACUUUAACAAAAUGAGAACAUCUUUCUCAGUCUCUGGCCUCCUCUGGAAGCCCAAGCAAUUGGAUAUGGACUGCUGGUAAUGACAUCUCCUCUUACUUUAAUCAUCUAAAAGAUAGAUGUUGGAAUAGAAUCUCCUUCUCUGGGCUCCAUUUACAAUUAAAAGGGAGAGGUACGCAUCUCCAGACAGCCAACUGGAUGGCACAACUCUGGGUCAUUAUUACAGGAGGAGGUGACCUUGGCUUGUAAUCUUUUCCUCCAUUGAGCAUGGAAGAAGCUUAGGUGAGAACCUUGGUCUUAAAUAUGGGUAUUGCCAGUCAGGUACUGUAGGCACACUUAAUGGUGCACACGCUUCUGUUAAAGUAGCUUAUAGAACUGUUUCCUCUUACUGACCAUUUAAUUCCUGUGGAAAAGAAUGUAACUGUAUCCUGUGUGGGAGACUGACUGGAGGGAAAGCUCCUUUGCCAUCAUUUAAGCUCAUCAGUCUGGGUGUUUUCAACUGGCAUGCCAGUAAUUCAGCUUCAAUGCCAACAAGCAUAUCUGGCCAUAGCUUGUGCCACAUAUCUCAGUCUGCCAGCAUGUGAAUCAGCUCCUACAAACUGUAGAUAUCAGCUAUAUUGAUGUCUAUACAGUAAAAGAAAUCCUAGAAAACUAUAGCAAGUGGGACGAUGGGGAGGCUUUUCAGUCAUGGUCUUUCUGUGACCACUGUCUGGGCCUGCCCUGGUUUUUCACAGUGUUGGUGGACUGAAGGAAGGCUUAUCGAGUGUGCUUUAGGUCUGCGAGUCCAUAACUAGGAACAGCACUUCCAGGUGAAAGCAAAGGUAUGGCUGACAAAAAGGUGGAAAUGGACGCAAGAGAAGGGAAGUGCUGUGCUAUCUCCUUUGUGCAUUGUGGCUGUAAAUCUGUGUAUACCUUAACUAUGUGCCUCUGUGCUGGGGUGAUAAACUUACAGCUUGAUGUGGACCUGAGGCUGUGUUAAAACACUGUGCUAAAUAGCUGAUAUUGCACAUGGUUCCUUACUAAAAAAACAAAUGUCAAGGAUGUCUUUUAAUGGCCUUUCCUGUGGUUGCUGCCUUGGCAUGAAGGCUAAACUAAUGACUUUUCUGCAGGAACUCAGAUCUUAGUGAUAACAAAUGCACAUUCUUGUACUAUGGAAGUAAUCUGAGCUUCAUUCUUAUCUGUAGAACAUGUUUGCAAUGGGUUCAUAGGGCAACUAAUAACCAAAAGAGCUUUUGCCUAGGGUAAUGUAUUCUGAUUUUUUUUUGUUGUUGUUUUGAAAACAUUUCACGAACUUAAGAAAUGACAUGAAAGUCUAUCCAAGGGCAUUUAAGUUUCAAAGCCAAGCUUUAAGAAGCUGCCAAAGCCACCCAUGUAGCCAUACCACUACAGAGUUUCCAACAGAGUUCAGUGUGCUGACCUACAGUAAUCAUGGGAUUAAGUCACCUAAGCACAAGUUUUAUUGAUGACCCAAGGCAUCUUUCCUGGUCCCUAGUUUAUGCUCAAAAAUAAUAAUAAAUACACCCAGAAUACUCAGUCCUGUUUCAUUUCCAGCAGCUGGCUGAAGAGAUCAGAAAUCCUGUGAAAUAGGGGGGUAAUUACCUAUUGUGUGUAGAGUGACAGGUAUUUCCAUGGUUUUACCUGUGAUUCUUCAUCUAUGACAAUAGAAACAAUUUUCCAAAAACAGCCACACUGAUUCCUGAGCCAUAUGACAAAUUGCAAGGCAUUUAUCAAUGCAGACAGAGGGACUGUCUGCUCUUCAAAAAAUGAGCACAGAAAACUUGUUAUAGGCUGGCGCACCAGUCCCCUUCAAUGGUCACUUAACAACUGCUCUGCAGGGUCACAAAAAUUACUGUGGAGAUGAUGUGGGGAUGGGGAGGAGCAGCUAUGCUGUUUCCUUGCAAAUCCAAAGAUUCUGGUUGCUAGACCUGGAAUUCCGAGAUCAGACUUGCUCAGGAAGCAUUUCUGUUUCACACCUCAUGAGCUUUUUGUCCAUUUUAUAUCCUAUAUGUUGGAUAGAAGAGUAGCGAUCAGCCUCAUAUGUGCUAUGGUUCAGCAUUAGUGGCCUGUAUGUGCCUGGGUGGGCUGGGACAGACCCAUUGAACAGAAAUGCCUGCAGAGCAGUGGAUGUGAGAGUACUGAGUCAAGCUGUAAAAGGAGAAUUCCACAGCUUUGUAGCUGAGGGCAGCCCCAGCCUGCACGGCAUGGCCCCAAGCAGCAGUGGUCAGAGGGGUGGUUAUGGCUGUGUUCUCCAUGCCACAGCUACACUGUCCAAAAGCCCAUCUCCUGUGUGGAGUUCUCAGACCAUCUGCUGCAUGCCCUGGAACAGACGCUGCAUGGCCCAUUGAGUUUUGCCCCUGCUUCCACCUCUCGGCAAUGGACAUGCCAGCACCAAGGCAUAUGCGGGGAAAUGCUGAGAUCUGCAUGGCAGCUGCAUGGGUGUGAUGGUGAAACAGAUGUUCCUGAGGCCAACAGUCUGGGGUGAGCUGUCUGAGGAUUCAGAGCCACUGCUAGGGCAGAGUAAAGACAAUGAGGAAGCACAGCAAGUCACGGGGAGAGAAGUGGAUUCAGAUGGGGAAGAAAAACCAAAAAAAAUGCCCAUAAAACAAAGACCACACCCA